AUGGAAAAUGAUCCUAGCAAGAAGGAGUCGAAAGUCAAAAGGAUACUGAAGAAAGCGAUUCGUCGCAACAGCAAAGCUUCGAACAAUAGCCAGAGUUCUGCCAUGGAACAAACAGUCGGUGUGUCUCGCUCGAAGAGUUUCGAAAACAAACACAUGUCCAUCCAAAUAAAUGACAGCACCCCGCUGCCGACGCCCGAUGGAACCAAAGAAACAAUCGAGCACAGCGAGCCUAGCCAGAGGCAGAAAACUGAGGAAAAACUAUCACUCGGCCAAAAUGCUCCCAUCGACCAGGUGAAAUUGAAGAAGAUUGUCGAAAUACAGGAAAAUAAAAACGAGUUUUUCGAAGAAGCACCCAGCAUGUCCAAAGGGAGCAUCAAAUCCAAAAAUUCACCGAGGCUUGAAAAACAAAGCGAACGCUAUUCUGAGCCAGAACCGAUGAAAAAAAAUCUUAAGAGGAAAUUGGAGGAGGAGAGUGGGGCGGGCACGAGCGGCACCAGCACCGGCACCUCGGACACGGACGCGGACGACAAGGACCCCAGCAAGGACAAAAAGAAAAAGAACAGGUGCGCCGUCUGCCGCAAGAAGGUUGGCCUCACAGGAAGUGGAUGUGGUGUAGAAGUGGGUAAAAGAUUGUCAAUAUCGACACGCAUGGAACUGUGUCGAUGCGGGGGCCUGUUCUGCGCCGUGCACCGGUACAGCGACAAGCACGAGUGCUCGUUUGACUACCGGGAGCUGGGCGCGCAGGAGAUCCGCCGCAACAACCCCGUCGUCGUCUCCCAAAAGAUACACAAGAUAUGA